AUGAAUGAAGAUGUUAUGAAGACUAAACCCUGGAUAGAACGGGAAGCAUUGGAAAUGGAUAGAGAGGAAAAGAAGUACAUGUGUUGGGAGGGUUGGACUUAAAGACCAAGAAUAGUGGAAAAGAAGAAAAAUAAUAUUGUAACAGUAUAACGAUAAUCACUAAUCACGUAAUAAAAUACAAAAAAAUAAUAAUAAUAAUAAUAAAAAGAAGAAGAAGAAAUUAUUAGUUUGCCGAAUUUACACUUAAAAUAUCGUUAAAUUAAAUUUCUAAGUUUGAAGGUGUGAUACCCUCUCGUGCAUCCCAUUAUCUGUAAUUACUGUUAUGCUCAUAAUUUAUUUAGAAGACCAUUUCUAAAACAUGUAAUUACAAUGAACAUUUUAUUCAAAAUUAUAAGAUGUACAAGUACAUAUUUUAUAGGUACUGUAUAUUAAAUUAAAAACAUCUGGUCAAAAAUAAUAGCGGUUAUAAAUGUACGAGAAAUAUUAUACUUAUAAAUUAUAAUCAAUUAUAUUUUACAUCUUAGUAUUAAAAUCAAAAAUGAUUUCAAUACAAUCAUAAUAUUAUUGCUUUAAAUAUACUCUUGCAUAUAAAAUAUUAUCGAUUACUCUGAUCUUUGGAAAUUUAUAUUAUGUGUUUUAAGUUAUAACAGUAACUGUAGCAAUGAAUUAUCAUACACCAUUCACAUUUAACACAUCAUAUUGUACUAUAUAUUGCAUACAAUAUAGACAUUAGGUAGGUUACCUAUCAUGCACGUGUACGUUCGUUUAUCCUGCGCUUCUGCUCGUAAUAUUAAUUAAGUCGUUUAUAUUCCUUGAUAUUUUCUAUUGUGAAAGACAUCGCUUGUCCUAUCAAUGCGCAAGCACGUACUUGUGACGCGUCCCUUUAUUUUAUUAUUAUUAUUUUUUUUUUUUACAAAACCCUAUUGAAAUGAAACGCCAGAUGCGUACAUAAUAUAUUGUAAGUAUACACAUAUAUUUACAGUAGGCAAUAAAUUAAUUUUGAAUUAUUUUACGAAUUGUACAUAAGUAUAUAUACAGUAAAAUAGUAAAAGUAAUUCAAUAUAACUACCGUAAUUUACGAUUAUUUUUAUGGGUUUUUAAAUACAUUUCGAAAAAAAAUCAUUGAUUUUUAAUUUAAAUUAUAGAAAUUGUGUAUACAUCACAAUAGAUACAUACCUACUAGUUAAGACAUAUUAUAAGUACAUACUAACAUACUACGUACAUAAAUAUGGCAGCUCUAUUUUAUUAUUUAAAAUCGACACUCCUAAAACUAGAUCUUCAUACACGUUUUAUACUUAUAUAACAGAAUGUCCCACGAGAAUUUACUUAAAUAUAAUAGUGGGGUAACGUAAACCACAUUGCCAACCGUUUAAAAUCAUUAUUAAAUCUUCGUGGGCCACUCGUCAGUAGGUAUCUAACGAAAAUAACGUGUGCGUUUCAAAAAAAAUAAUAUUUUUAUCAACUCGAAUAUUGCAUUGAUUUACUAUAGUUACGGUAGAUUAAUUUAGUCAGGUACUAAUAUUAUAUUUUUGUUUUUGUAUACUGGUACUGUAGAAAUGAAUUAUAUAUUUAUAUACAUAUAUUAUUGUGAUCUACGGUAUAUUUGAAUUUUAACUGUAAUUUUUAAUCGAUUCAACAUGAGCGUGGAAAUGGGCAUUCAGAAGUUAAUUAUAUAUAAUAUAAAAAUAAUUAUAAUGUAUUAUUAUAAAUAGGAUAAUUCCAAUAAUAUAUAGCAUUUAGUAGCAUGUUUAGGAUAUUGCAAUGUACUAGCUGUGCUGGAUUUGUGUCAUAUACAAAAUUGUAAGGUCGAACGACAGUUGGUAGUGGCGGUGAGUGGUAGUAGGCGAGCCAGAGGAGCCCUUAUUUGGAAACUGGCCGUCUGUCCGUCCCGUCCUUUAAUAUUGUUAUUAUAACGCCAACCUUGCCCCCAACACACAAACGGCAAGUAUUAGUCAUCUUCAUUAAUCAAAUAUGCUUAAAAUGCUAAACUUAGUGCUAUAAUAUCGGUAUUGUAACACAGGAAGUCGUAUAUAAUACAGAAUGGAGAUAGGUACUUAAAGGAAAUCAAUUCCAACGAUUACGGCUAUAAAGAUGUACAACGUGUAAUUAAUCUUAUGAAGUAUAUUUGAAUAGAAGUGUUUUAAAUAGGUACCAAUCAGUACUAAUUUUGUAAAUCUACUUGUAUUCUAUUUAUUAUUUAUAAAAGUACCUACCUACAUAAAUAUACAAAGUUAAAGAUUUAUACAAAAAACGAGUAGAUACGUCAUGUUUAAUGUUUAUAUAGCACAAACAACGUUGUAUAGAAUAUGUAUUUAUUAAAUGUGUAACUACUAUUAUCCUAGGAAAAGUGUUUAACAUUAACUAAAUACUUUAAAAUGGUAUUUAAUAAUAAAGUUUUAAUACCAUUAAAGUUUGACCUACUGUUACAAAUAUUUAGUUACCUGUAUUUUAAUAAUUUUUCUCCGAAAUUAAUUUAACUAAAACUGCAAAAGAAAAUAUCAAAUUUUUCAAUAUCAUGCGCUCAAAAAUGCUAAAUAUUAUCUUUUAAUUAAAACUUUGUACUUAAAAAAAAUAACCCCGACAUUAUCUAACUAAAUUAAUUUUAACUCAUUUUUAAACAACAUAAUUUAAUCAAUAAUUAUAAAUACUAUAUAGACAAUUAUAAUUUCAAAUAUUUUAUUUUAAUCUACUAAACUUUUUUAAUUGAAAGCCUUUUAUGUUUCCUCUAGGUAAAAGUUGGAAAUUGCAUAAAUAUUAGUAACAUUGGUAAAUAAUAUGUAGGUAAUUACAUAUUAUAAUAUUAUUAAUUAUUAUCUAUUUAUUACUUAUAUACUUAAACGAAUUAAAAACAUUUUAGAUUCUGAGUGGAGCAAAGAAGCUCAUGGUUUUUCAAAGAUGUUUUUUUUUAUCCGUGCGUGACUUUUCUACCAGAAAACUUACUCAGAUUUUUACGUGUAGUAACAUUUCUGAAAAGAAAUCAGUGUGGGGAGGAACUUCAGGAAGAUUUAUUUUUGAUUUUCUUAGGAGUUUUCUUAUCAAAUUUGAAAAACCGUAAAAUGUACGAAAUAUAUUACUAAAAUAUUAAGAUUUUUUUUUUUCCUGUGCACCACUUUUCAACUAGCAAUUUUUCUCAAACUUAUAAUGAUAGUAAUGUUUCUAAAAUGAAAUCUUACUGGGGAGGUACUUUAGAGAGAUCAUUUUUCGAUUUUCCCAAAAGUUUUACAGGCAAAUGUGAAAACCCAGGAUAAAACAUGGGAAAAACGGUACAACAUUAAACAAAUAUUUUUAAAGAAAAUAUAGGAAGCCUAUUUAAUUAUUUUACUGUGAUAUGACAUAUUAUAUAUUGUUAAAAAGCUUCACUAUCAACUGAAAUCUGCUCAGAAUUGUUUUUUAAUAAGUAAUGGUUUAUCGUUGCUCACAGGUAUAUAUUAAAUUACCUAUAACAGUGGCUGCACCCGUCCCCAUAAUCUUAAGACGUCUUUUUAAAUUUAUAACAUAAUCAACUGAAGAAUAAUUAUGUUUAUGGAUAUUUUAAUAGGUACCUAUAAUAAAUUUAAAAAAGAAUUAGUAUAUUGACCCCCAAGAUUCGAUUUCAUAACAUAUUAACACCUACCUACUUACUUAGUACUUAUUUCUUACGUUUGUCUACUCAACAAAUUUCAAUACCUACCUAUAUUAAUAUUGAAUGUUAUUCUUAGUGAGAACUAUUUACUUUUAAUGGUAGACAGUUGAACCAGGAUAUGAUGAAAUUAACCAAGUAAAGUUAUAAAUGUAUGGUUUCUCCAUAAAGUAUAUGGAGAAAAGCUAGUCAUUUGUCCAACAAAUAUAAUUAAAAGUGAUAAUUUGAUUGGUGUUAUAAAUUAAAAUACCUAUUGCUUUUUACAGGUUUAAUCAAAUGCACAACUUAAAAUACUUCAGACAGCAAUAAUAUGAUACAUAAUAGUGUACGACCAAGUUGUAAUUUAUUUAUUUUCAUUGUUUAAAAAUGCCUAAAUAUAAAUAAACUUAUGUAUAAUUAUUUAAUCAAACGUGUAGGAGUAAUAUAAAAAAUAAAUUUUGGUAAAUACUUAUCUAUUAAAAUUUUAAUAAUUUUUGUUUUUUUAACAAUAUCCGGUAGGGCAGUAUAAUAUUCCUACCUAUUCUCGAGUCGACAUACAAAAAUAUCUUGCCAACGAAUCUCCACACAUUAACUGCAGAGUACCGCCUACGUUAUAACCAAUAGGUGAGUAUGUAUUACCCAUGUAUUACUACCUCAACAUAAACUUAUAAAAUUGUUUGCAUAGGUAAUAUUAUAUUAUUAUAAAUUAAAAUCGUUAAGGUAUACAUUCCAACAGUAAAUUUGACGGUCCUACUAGAGUAGGUAAUUAUAUUUGUUUACAUGAAUGAUGGUUAUUGCUUAUAAUAUCUAUUAUAUAGGUACCUACAAAUCUGAAUGUGUUCAUAUCUGCGUGGGUCUAUGUAGACUCAGUCGUGCUAAGUUAGAUCUUAGUUAUAGAUACACCAUAGUAUUCAUAAUUUUCCAAUGACUAAACACACAUUAAUUUUUUUUCAACAUUUUAAUUUUCGAAAAAUCCAAAAUUAAUAUCAUUUAGAAAUUUGAAACAUUUGAAACAACGAACAAAUCAAAAAUUGCUUAACUGCAGACGUAUUUACAUUUUUGGCUCCCUGGGGCUCUUUCAAAGAACAAUUUCUUUUCAACGGUGUAAUUUCGAAUUGUACUCUUAACAUUUCGUACUAAACUUUGUUUGCUCGAAAACACAUUAUUUUAGUCUCUGCUAAGCAAGUGGGGUGAGAUUAAUAUGAAAAAUUGAAAAAAAAAACCCGUUGGAUUUUGUUAAAAAUAUCACGAUCUAAUAUUGUAAUAAUUAUAUUAAUAUAUUAUCUCGUAUAUUGUCGUACAAAAAAAGGUGAAUAUUACUCUGGCGAGGAAAUGCAGCGUAUAAUAUACCUAAUAUAUUAAUAACCAGUUUUAACUCGUUAACUGCAACAUGACGACUUACAAAUUUAAUAAAAUAAUUAAAAAAAAAAAAGUGUUGGCAUGAGGGUGUGUCAAGAGUUUGAGAAGAUAGUACUUCUAUUAUAGUUUGACGGGCCCCUUUUACAAAACUCGACUCGAUGUCCGGUCGUUUACACGCUGUAGUCCAAUGAGCUGAUAAUAUUCGGCUGGUUAGGAUUUCAAAGAAAAAAAAAACUGUAAUAUUAAGACAUCGUUAAACGGCAGUAUAUAACUUUUUUUUUUCCAAUACUCGAAAUAAUUACCUAUAUCUAGUGAAUAGAAAAAAAAAAAAAAAACAAGAGCAGGUAUAUCUAUAUUAUUAUGAAACCUACAUGAAAAUACCUACUUGCUUAAAUUGUAUCCUAUGGGCAUUUUAAAUUUACAUAAUAUUUGUAAAUACGUCAUAUUAUUUUAUAUGACGUAUCGUUAUUGUAGCAUAAUAAUAUUAUUGAAAUAAUACCUAAUUAUUUGUGUUGUACAAACAUACAUUAAAUAACCAGCUUGUUGAUUGAUAAUAUUAAUCUAUUAAUAAUAUUAUAUGAUACGCGUGUUGAUAAAACUAAAUUAUAUACACGUCAUAUUUAACAAUUAAUUAAAUUUCACAAAAAAUUGUUCAAUAAAAUGUAGUAAAAAUGAGUAAUGAAGAACAGGCCAGCGGCGUAUUUUAAGGGAGGGCACCCUCCGAGUAUGAAAAAUAUCGAUUUAAUACGAUACAAAUAUCCUUUUUUAUUUAUUUAAAUGUCACGUUAUAAAUUAAAACAUUUUGUAUAGCCCGAUUGCCGUAUCUAUCUGUUAUAAUUAAAUAUAAUUAAUGUUGUAGUUGUAACAUGUCUAUUUUUCAAUCAAAACACAUAUCCCUCCCCUCUCUGAAGUAAAGUCUACGAAGGUACACCACUGGAAUACGUAUCCAUGUAUUUCUACCUGUAGCAUCAGCAAUUGUAAUAUUUUCAAAAUGAUAAUUAAAUACUUUAACUCGAAUUUAAAAAAAAAGCUUGGACUCAAUCAGAACUCCACUGAAGUAUACAAUCUUUUAACAAACGUAUCUUAUAAUCAUAAAAUAUUGCUAAAUAUUAUUUAUACCUACUUAUUAAACUGGUAGGUAGUAUAAAAUACACCAUACGGAAACGAUUUCAUAUUCGCAUUUCGUACAAUUAACAUUUAAUUAGGUAGGUACCAACGUAAUGUCAAGUUGUAAAAGUUGUAGGAUGUUAAGUUCGACGAAUUUUUAUUCGUCGAACAUGACAAUUGUAUUAUUUGUGUAGGUAUUAAUUUUAUUUUUAUUACUUUAUUUUAUUCUUCACAAUUAAACACAAUAUUAUUAUGUUAUAGGAUCUUCAGUGUUAGUAUGCAAUUUAUUUUAUUCUUUUCGAUUUCAUACAAUACCUAAUUAUUAUAGAUAGGUACUGUAUACGAGAAACCGUGUCUAAAAACGAACAAAAAAAUAUUUCGCGACUUACCUAAUCUUUCGAAUUUUAUACGACAAAAUUAUUAAAACUUAUAAAAUGCGAGUGCGAUUUAUAUUUAUCGCAGCAUUAAACAUUUAUAAUAAAUCGUAGUUAAAUAUCAUGUGUAUACCUACCUACUUGUUCGUUUAAAUAAAACAAAAUAUAAAAAAUAAUAAAUAAGUGUAGGUAAGUAGGUAGAAAAGGUAGGUGGCAAAAUAAAAUGCGUUCGUUAGUACAUAUAUAUAAAUAUAUAUGUAUAUAUAGGUAUGUCGUUUAUAAUAUAAUUAUUAUAACGUGCAAAAUAAUAAUAAAAAACAAAAAUAGUUACAUACCAAAAGAAUCGUAGUCCCGCAAUAUUUUUGUUUAUCGUAUAACUUUAUGAAUGUCCACAACACUUUUUUUUUUUUCAAGGAUUAGCAAUAAUAUAAUAUUUGUUCACUGAAAAAAAAAAAAAACCCUUAUGCGGUUUGAUAUUAAUGCGUAUAAAAUAAUAUAUAAAAUAAUAUUUUAAUAUCAAGUUGUGCGUGCGAGGAACGGGUUUAUAAAAAACGAACGUGUUGAUCCGAUCGGUAUAAGAAACAAACUGUUGCUAAGGCGCCACCUGAGAAGACACCUACGACAUGUGUUCUUCGAUAUUGUUCGAGUCUGUUCCCUUUCCACAGAUUUACUAUAAUAUUAUAUUAUACGUUAUAAUAUCGACCGUUUUCAUUUAACCAGUGUAUAAUAAUGUCGCGAUAGUGCGUGCUUCACGUACUUGGACAUAACAAUCAAAAAUCAUUACCAACGCCAAACACAAAAAUUAUUAUUAUAAUAAUUAUUAAAUAAUUAUUACAUGUUUAUUAAUGACUAGAAUAGGGCCAAUAAUAAAUUAAUACUUAUAGUAUAGGCAUCAUAAUCAUAAUAUACAUCAUCAUACCUAACCUAUGUACAAUUAUAAAGGUUUUUUUUUUUCAAUCUUGUCAAUCAACAAGAAUAAUAAUUGUAUUAGAAGUGAAAAAGCGAUGGAUAAAUUGCAAAAUAAACUUAGCUAUUAAUUAUAAAUUUUAUUACUUAUUACUUUUUUUCGAUAUUAAAAAUUGUUAAGGAUUUUCGUUUUUUUUUUCUUUCUUGUUUUACCCGUGGGAAAUUAUAAUUGCAUGCAUUAGAUACACUAUAGUAUAAGUACUAUAAUGAAAGAACAGAAUAUUUCACUAUAAUAGGUAGUCGGGUAUCAUCAAAUAUCAAACAAAUUAUUAUUCGAAAAUAAUUAAUAUAUGCCUAUAUUAUGCGUCACUACAAUGAACAUCGUACAUUUAAGAUGUAACCCUCAAAUUUUGUAUUUUUCUAUACUAAUAAAAUAAACACCAUUAUAAUAUUAUACACAUUACAAUUAUUAUUAGGACAUUGAAAAUGUACGUAUCCAAAACGUGCAAGCAACCAUAUGGUAAUCCAAGGACUCGAAGAGCAUUCAAGAAUCGGCAUCUGGGUCAUCGUGUACGAUUAUGUAUAAUACUAUAUUAUAAUUCGCAGCGAUAAAUUAUUUAAUAUUCUUUGAUGACAUCAAAAAAUUAAAAAAAAAAAAAAAAAAAUCACAAAUCAAAUAAUAAUAUGUAGUCAAUGGAAAUAAUAACUAGGUAAAACUAAGAGUAAGUUUAACUGUAAGUCGAUUUCCUUCUCAGGAAUCAAAGCAUCAGCUGAUGCGACGUAUUCAUAGGAAUCCAUAUUCCAUCUUAGUAUAGAUACCAACUACCAAUACCUAUAAUUCAUAUAUAUUGAUAAUUAAAAUGCGAACGACUUGUUCAUCGAGAAUAUUGAUAUAGAUUCCUAAUAAUAAAUUUAAUUAAAGUAAGACAGUUUAGCAUUAGCGUUUAAACAAUAAUUCCCAUUUUUACUAGAUUUUUUUUAAAAAUACGAGAAAGUUAGUUUGGUAUAUUAUUCCGAUAAUCUAGUUGACACGUGUUUCUGUUUGUCCAUUUUUGAAUAAAGACAGAUCAAGGUUAGAGCGUAAUAUUUUAAUUGAUUAUUCUAAUAACAAAUAGGAUGACAUAAAAUAUUAUGUUAUUUAAUAAAAAGUGACAAUAAUAAUAAUUAUUAUAUACAUACAUUAUGAUAUGCAUAUCUGCAUAAGUAAUAAUAUUAUAGAAAAUGUAUUGGGUACAAAAGAACAUUAAAUCAAAAACAUAAGAAUGUAACGAAAUAAAUUUAAAUUCACCACGACGUUCAACACCACCGAGCAUUUAUUUCUGGACGAUGGAUUUUUCAUUUUUAAUACAUACAAAUGUAAUAAUGUUACGUUAUAUUUCAAACAUCAAUGCGAUAAACAGUCACUAUUCAACACAUUUUAAGCAGUAAUAAAACAAACCCUUAAAUAAAUAGGUAUCUACUUAUAUAGACGCCCGCAGAAAUUUGUCUUGGAAGGAAGGCAAAUUUAUAAUAGUGGUCUAUUUAAUAUAUUCUCGAAAAUCCAAAGGAAGCGAAUGUUCCCUCUUUCCUUCCUUCCCAACGUCUAUGUCUUCAUUACACAUGUAUCACAACAAUCAACGCGCAAAAGUUUGAAAUGUACCCCAAUGAUUCACAAGUUAUUUACCCGUCGUGUUUUACUCUCUACAUAGAUCAUUAUAUUUUGGAAUACUUAACUUCAAAUUUGUGUUUACUUCUGAAAAUGUUGGUCCGUCUGCAGUAUCAAAAUAUUAUUCAAUCAGUCUGAUAAUAGUGUGGAUCUUUGGAUUUGGUCCAGUCCGGUGGUUAUGUCUAGAGUCGUGUAA